UAAAGAACUGUUGAAUUCUAAAAGUGUUGAUGCUGUUCACGUAGUUAUGCUGUCCCCCACUGAAAAGGCAAACAUUUUUAAACAUGAGGGGAUUUAAAACGACACGGAAGUGGACGAGGGGGAAACCUCUAGCCUCAUCUUGCUCUGUCAUGCACCAUAAUUAGAACAUCGCCUUUGAAGGAAUUAUCGUGUAGAUGGAGGGAAAUAACUUCACCCUCCAUUGUUGUUGAUAUCAUAUCUAGGAAUACAGCCUAUCGUUAAGCGUACCAUCUUGUCUUUGUUGGGAUGACCGGUGACGGUGAAGGCUGCACAGAUUCGAGUGAGUGGGGUUUGUGUUGGGACCAUAGGUUGGGACAGGAGGAUAACGAUUACUAUUAGUCUGUAGUUACAAGCACCAGCAGUAAAACAAGCCGUGUUCUGGGUGGAGUUUUCUGCUCAGUGCAGAAGGAAUCCCAAUGAAUGUGUACUUGGACACAUAGCAGCAACGACAUGGCCAACCGUCCAGAGUUAUGGUUGCCAUGGGUGACAGUUCGUCACGAGUACAUUGGCCCAAGGUCCUACCAGGUCUCUCCCUUCUCAUCUGUUCAAGAUGUCAAACAGUUGAUUUAUGAGGAGACAGACCUUCCUGUCAUACAGCAAUGUCUAACUCACAAUGGGAGAACAUUGGAAGACAGUAUGCAGAUCAGAGCCUUGGUGCCUGCUGGAAGUCAUGGAGUUGCUAUAACACUGGAGGGAAGGGGUCUUAAAGGGGGAGGGAGGUUUGGACAGACUACACCCCCACUGGUUGAAUUCUUGAAAGAUAUUUUGAGGAGGUACCCUGAGGGUGGACAGAUUCUGAAAGAGCUGAUUCAAAAUGCUGAAGAUGCUGGAGCCACAGAAGUCAAGUUCAUGUACAACGAGACAGAGUAUGGAGUGGAGUCACUGUGGUCAGCUAACAUGGCUCAGCAUCAAGGUGCAGCACUGUAUGUCUACAAUGAUGCUGUGUUCACUGGGGAAGACUGGAAUGGUAUUCAGGAAAUUGCGAGGAGCAGGAAGAGAGACGACCCCUUGAAAGUCGGAAGAUUUGGGAUUGGCUUUAAUUCUGUGUACCAUGUUACAGAUGUACCUGGUAUAUUCAGCGGGGACCAGAUUGCGUUGUUGGACCCUCAUCAGACCUUGUUCGGAGUGCACGAAUCCGGACAAUGCUGGAACUUAAAGAAUGACAUUAAAGAGAUCACAGAACUGGCUGACCAGUUUGCCCCCUACAUUGGGAUUUUUGGGGGCUCUGAGAAAACCAUUAAGGAUGGCAGCUUUCCAGGAACAUUGUUUCGCUUCCCACUCCGCAAGAAUCCAUCCCAGCUAAGUGGCAACAUUUACAACAAAGAAAAGGUUUUGGAGCUCUUUGAAUCUUUCAAAGCGGAUGCGGACACAGUGCUCCUCUUUCUCAAGAGCAUUCAGAAGAUCUCCUUGCAUGUACGUGAGUCCGAUGGUACAGAACGCAUGUUGUUUCAGGUUACAGCAACAGAGAAUACAGAUGAUAAACUGGAAAGACAGAACGCACUGAAGACACUGAAUCAGGCUGUAGACAGCUACAGCAAUGGUGUUCCCUCGUCUAAAGUCACAUGUGUCACUUAUAAGGUUAACAUAGAGACACAGGAUGACACAGAUAAAGAGACUCAGAGAACAACAUGGUUGGUUUCUAAUGGUGUUGGGGGUAGAGGACUUUGUACAGAGUUAGACUCCCUGGCAGAUGAGUUGAAGUUCCUGCCUACCAUCGGGAUUGCUUUGCCUCUUACUGCGAUGAACAAAGAAGAUGAAGGUGCAACAUCUGGUUUCUCAGGACGAGCUUUUUGCUUCCUCCCUCUUCCCCCAGGAGAGGAGAGUGAGACAGGGCUUCCAGUUCAUGUCAGUGGCUUCUUUGGAGUCACAGACAACCGUAGGAGUAUCAAGUGGCGGGAAGUGGACCAGUGGAGGGAUCCAGCAGCCUUGUGGAAUGAGCUGCUGAUCAUCACUGUGACUCCUAGGGUUUAUUUCACGCUCAUAAGUGAUAUUAUAAAAAGGGUACAGAACAAAGAGGACCAAGACUUUCCAUUAUCCCCUACAGAGACCUAUAGAGCCUGGCCAGACCCUAAGCAGAUAAAGUCCCACUGGAAACCCAUUCUAAAGCCACUUUACCAAGACUUGCUGCAGGAGCAAGUAAUCUAUUCACUCAGUGAUAGCUGGGUGCGGGUGGAUCAGGCUGUGUUCUCAGAGCAUGAUGAAGACGAGGACAUUUCAGAGACCGUGAUUAACUACCUCCAAAGCUCAGGAAUGCAGGUAGCGAAGGCACCUGCUGCCGUGGACUGUGUCUUAGCUGCCUACAUAACUGAGUCCACUGAAGUUAAAAAAGUAACUCCAUCCUUGUUGCGUCAGGUGAUCAGGAAGUACAAACACAAAGGGUCUUCACAGGAGAAGCUGCUGCUGCUUGAGUUUGCUCUUAGUGAUGCCAAUUACAGUGAUCUUACUGGACUGGAGCUCCUUCCACUGCAAGAUGAGACAUUUACAGCGUUUUUAUCCCCUGUCAGUGAUAAGGAUGCCAUCUACAUUGCAUCUGAGGAAUACCCCUGGUCUCUGUAUCCUGGUCUUGAGGAUCGGUUCAUGUCAGAAAGCAUCAAACCAUCGGUGCUGGGCGCUUUGAAGAAGGCUGCAAAAAAUAGAGGACGACCCUGCACUCAGCUACAAGUGCUGAACCCUGAAAGAUCAGCCCGACUAAUCAAGGAGAUCCUGACAAAAGCCUGGACAACUAGAGACUUCAUUGUCCAAUGGGAACCUGGAAACAGACAACUAAAGCAUCCUACGGUUUCUUGGCUUAAGAUGAUAUGGAAGCACCUCUACAUAAACUUUUCUGAGGACCUAAGCAUUUUUGAAGACAUGCCAUUGAUUCCACUUUUGCCACUGGAGGAGAGUAUGGAAAAGGUAAAGCUUCUGCGUCUCAAAACUCCAUCCCCUAUAAUUCUAGCUGAUGAGGAAGACACAUCACCGUCUGAAAGCCUGUUUGACAUCAUGGAAAAGCUGGGAGGAGUUGUGAUACGAAAGCUUGACACAUGUUUGCAGCAUCCUCUGCUUAAGAAUUACAUUCACCCUUCCUCUCCUGGUACACUUCUGCAAAUAAUGGGCAGAUGGUCAAUACAGCGACUUUCCAGCCAAGUCUCUUGUUUGACUGUCAAAGAGAGAAUGGCACUCAGAGGUUUUCUUGCCGGACUGUCUGACAUAACAGAAAAAGAAAAGCAUACCCUGCUUGAUCUUUCCAUCUUUGAGAAAGUUGGGACAUGCUCUGAAGGUACCUCAGCAUUUACCACACUGAGAGGGGCUAGGGCUUUACAUCAUAGAGCCAAGUAUCCACCAGAUGUAAAACUAUCUGUGAAUCUUGUAGCUUGCUCUGAUGAGGAAUCAAUCCGUCUCAUCAAAAUGCUAAAUGUGGAACAAGUCAAAACAACUGACUGUUUGAAGAUGAUUAUUCAGGAUGUGGAAAGGGGGUUCUACACUUCAGAUGAGAUAACCCAAAUCAUGCUUUGGGCCCUUACACAUCUAGCAUUUCUAAAAAAUGAAAAUGCAUCAGUGAUCGGAUGGCUUUCUUCACUCAAAUUUAUUCAGCUGCCUUGUGGGAAGUCAGCCAAAGCCUCAGAUUUAUUUGAUCCUGAGCUUGAGGUUCUACAAAAUCUGUUUUACAUGGAAGAGAAAACCAGGUUUCCCACAAGUACCUUUAGGUCUUCACCUGACAUUCUUCAUUCACUCAGACAACUGGGACUUAGAAAUGAAGUACAGCUCAGUGAAAAGGAUGCACUCAAAGUGGCGUUUAAAAUAGAGGAGUUGCAAAGUAGCAAGGAGCCGGAGUGGGACCUCAUAAUCAAAAAAGCAAAGACACUCCUCCAAAUUCUUAACAGGCAAACCAAGCUGGUAAAAUCAGCAAAUGCUCAGACGUCAUUGCUAAAAAUAAAAUGGGUACCUGUCUGCAAAGAAAGACCUCUAACAUACCCAAAAUCCCUUGCUUGGGUUGGAGAUACUGUCAACAUCUGUUCCUUGUUUGAGAUGUGUGACUUAUCCCAUGCAGUGCUUGUGGGAUCAUCAGUAGCACUGGUUGAACACACAUCUUCAGGUAUGAAAAAGGCCCUAAAACUAACUUUAGAGCCACAGGUGGAUCAAGUUCUACAGCACCUGAAAGCAGUGAAUGACUGCUAUAAAUCUCAAGCCUUUAUCACUGAGGAUUGGUAUCAAUUCCAGCAGAUCUUGUUUGAGAUUUAUGGUUUCAUGCAGGCUCACCUGGAGGAUGCAGGAGAAGCAAUGAAAACACUGCCUUUUGAUUGGGUUUGGACAGGCAAGACAUUCUCAUCACCUUGCCAAACGGUCCUAAAACCCCUCUCUGAUCUUGACUUGCAGCCUUACCUGUACUCCCUGCCAAAAACAAUCAGAAAGUUUCACAAGCUUUUCAAGUUUUGUGGCUCAGUUGAAGAGGUUCGCCCGAGUCACGUGUUUGAAGUCAUCAGUGUGAUACAACAAAAAUGUGAAGGAGGGAUUACCAAGGAGGAUAGUAAGCAUAAUGUCUUACUUUUAACCAACAUCCUAAGAUGGCUGUACAACAAUCAGAUACCUGUAGAUAUCAACAUGAAUGUGCCAAUUCUUUGUUACAAAGACCCAAACAAACUAGUCAUGAAGCCUAUUCAUGAAUGCACCUACUGUGACAUCAAGGUUGAUGAUUUGAAUGAUUUACUUGAAGAUGCAUCUGAGCCAAUUAUAUUAGUGCAUGAUGACAUCCCCAUGAAAACAGCAGAGUGGCUGAAAGUGCCAUGUUUGAGCACCAGGUUGAUAAACCCAGAAAACCUUGGAUUUGAACAAUCAGGCCAAAGAGAACCACUGACAGUAAGAAUAAAGAACAUCUUGGAGGAAUAUCCAUCCGUUGCGGACAUUUUCAAAGAGCUACUCCAGAAUGCUGAUGAUGCAAGCGCAACAGAGUGCAGUUUUCUCAUUGACAUGAGAAGAAAUGCUGACAUUCGAGAGAAUCUCCUUGACCCUGGCAUGAUCAUUUGUCAUGGGGCUUCCUUGUGGUCUUUUAACAACUCUGUAUUCUCAGAUACAGACUUUCUCAACAUUACAAGGUUGGGGGGAUCAGUCAAAAGAUGUGAAGCAGACAAAGUUGGCAAGUUUGGUUUGGGUUUUAACUCAGUUUAUCACAUCACUGAUAUCCCCAUCAUAAUGAGCAGAGAGUUCAUGAUCAUGUUUGAUCCAAACAUCAAUCACAUCAGCAAGCACAUCAGAGACAGGUCCAAUCCAGGGAUCAAAAUCAACUGGAGCAAACAACAGAAAAGGCUGAGAAAAUUCCCCAACCAGUUCAGACCGUUCAUUCAUGUAUUUAAUUGCCAGCUUCCUCUUGCACAGGACUCCCCAUACAAAUAUAAUGGAACACUGUUCAGACUUCCAUUUAGAACAGAGCAGGAAGCCGCAGUGAGUGAAAUCAGUAGUCUGUACUACAACACCACGGACAUCUAUUCCCUGGUUGAUGAGUUCAGCAUUUGUGGCCAUAGGUUCAUUCUGUUUACUCAGCAUGUUGGAAGUAUGGUCUUGAAAUACCUGAAAUGUGAGGAACCAAAUCCAGUGGGAGCACAAGAUGUCGUCACCAUCAACAAAAGUGUAUGGUCAUCUAAAGCCUCAUAUGGACCUCUAAGUAUCUUGAAAUCUGCAGCAAAGGUUAUGAAAAAAGCAGCAAGCACCAAUAAGGUACCUUCAGAUGUUCCCAAAUCUGGAUGUAUCAUACGCGUUUUGGUGGAGGAGUUUCAUAAUGUGUUCAAACGAAUCGUUGAUCUUCACUCACCACUGUUUCGAGGUACAGAGGAAGAUCCUAACCAGUACUUUGAGAUGGCUGCGAAAGGAGUUCAGACAAGAAGACUUACAGAUGAAAUGCCCCAAAAGGCAGUAGAGGUCACCAACUGGCUCAUUUGCUCAUGCAUGGAUGUAACUGAGGCACUCAAGUUUUCCCUCAGUGAUAGUGGAACAAGACUUGGACUAGUACCAUGUGGAGGGGUGGCUGUUCUGCUUGCAGAGGAAGAGAAUCGCAAAUGGACGGUUAAGAUCAAUGCCACACCAAUCGGAGAGGUUUUUUGUUAUUUACCUCUCAGGAUCAAAACAGGUCUUCCGAUCCACAUUAAUGGCUGCUUUGCUGUGACCUCCAAUCGGAAAGAGAUUUGGAAAACUGACACCAAAGGACAGUGGAAUUCUGUGUUCAUGAGACAUGUCAUUGUCCAAGCAUAUUUAGCAGCACUUGAAAUGCUGCGCUCAAUGGCUGAGAGUGGAGAACUCAUCGACUACAGUUAUUAUGCAACAUGGCCAGAUCCAAGUCAAGUGCAUGAUGACUUCACACUGAUCAGCCAGGGUGUCUACCAAGAAAUAGCAAAAGGAGGUGACAGUGAGCAUGCAAAGGUUUUCUCAGAUGGCGAACUCUGGGUAUCUAUCAAAUACGUCAGAUUCCUUGAUGAUGCCUUACUAUGUAGGUCAGACAUUGGUUCGGCUGCUUUCAAGAUAUUCUCAAAAUACCUCAACAAAAGCAGCUCACAAAACCUUUGCGCUGUUGAGCUCCCUGACUGGGUGAAGGAGGGAUUUGAAGAUGCUGGGUGUAAAGGGAAGCUGAUACAAAAUACUCUGACAGAGCAGCAGUUUUUUUCAGAUGUUUUCUUCCCACACAUCCAAGAAAUUGAGAAAGAACUCCGUGAUCCCCUGAUUCUCUAUGUUUUGAAUGAAAAACUUGAAGAAUUUGCCUCAGUUCUCUGUGCUUCUCCUUGUAUCCCUUGCUCUGGCCCAAAUGAGAAACUGGUUUUGCCUUCUAGGCUCAUCCAUCCGGAGGGAAGAGUUGCUAAACUGUACAACAAUGAUGACGGAAGAUUUCCAGAAGGGACUUCGAAAGACUACCUAAACCCUGUCUGUUUAGUGAAGCUUUUGGAGUUAGGCAUGGUAAAAGAUGAUCUGUCAUGGAAGGACCUUAUAGAGCGUGCUCAAUCUGUUAUUGAUCUCAAUGAAAGUGACCACAUAGCUGCAUGCUUUCGUAGCAGUAUCCUACUAAGUCUCAUCGAUGAGAAACUGAAGAUAAGAGCUUCAGGUGCAGCUGAAGAAUUAAAAAAGCUCAAGGACAUCAAGUUCCUUCCAUUCCUGUCAAGACCUGCUGGCUUCUCACUCCCAUGGCAUGGAAAUAACUUUCCCUCAACAGAAAUGUUCUCUCCCGGAGAACUCUUCACAACUGAACAUCAAGACACAGUGUGUCUGAUGAAACCAAUCUUAAAUGAAAAUUCUCCAUCUUUCAAAGGUUGUGGUGCAAUGUCAUUGGCUGUGAAAGACUGUCUUGGUCUAAUAAGGAAGCCCUCAGUUGGACUUGUCAUUAGUCAACUUGAGAAACUGUCUCAAUCAUUUGAUGGCAUCACAUUGUAUCAGGAAAACAUGACAAAUGCCUGUUAUAAGUUUCUUCAUGAAGAAAUGCUACAGGAUGAGAAAGCUAAAGAGCAAAUAACUGAGGAACUAAAAUCGUUCGAUUCCAUCCUGGUAGAGAACACAUAUGUCAGUCCUGCCAAAGUUGCUUUCCAUCUGAAUUUUGAUGUAGCUCCACAUCUUUUUCAACUCCCUAACAAAUACAGAAACAGCUGUCGUGAGCUCUUUGAAAAUAUUGGGGUACAGCCCAACUACACAGUUGAAGAUUUCUCUGCCGUUCUUGAAACUGUGAAGCAAGAUUGUGGCCAAAAGCCACUCACAGAGGAGAUUUUCCAGUUGUGUCGAAGAAUCAUUAGUGAAGGAAUAUGGAGUUUGAUUCGAGACAGAAAUCAAGAAUACUGCAAAGCCAAGUAUGGCGAUAUUCUGUUACCCGACUCCAAACUGACAUUGCAACCAUCAAAAUCACUGUGUUACAAUGACUGCCCUUGGAUCAAAGUGAAAGACUCUACUGUAAAAUAUUGCCAUGGGGACAUUCCAAGAGAGGUUGCUGUGAAAUUAGGAGCUGUCCCAAAACGCCAUAAAGCCUUGGAGAGGUACGCCUCCAAUGUCUGCUUCUCUUCACUUGGGAGUGACUUUGGACAGAAAGAAAAACUCACAAGUAGGAUUAAAAGCAUCCUCAAUGCUUAUCCAUCAGAAAAAGAAAUGCUGAAAGAGCUGCUACAAAAUGCAGAUGAUGCAAAAGCCACUGAAAUCUACUUUGUUUUUGAUCCCAGGACACACCCCACAGACAGAAUAUUUGAUGAUAAAUGGAUCCCAAUGCAAGGCCCUGCACUCUGUGUAUAUAACAACCAGCCUUUCACAGAGGACGAUAUCAGAGGCAUACAGAAUCUUGGAAGAGGGACAAAAGAGGCCAAUCCUGGGAAAACAGGCCAGUAUGGCAUAGGAUUCAACUCUGUGUAUCACAUUACUGACUGCCCAUCCUUUAUUUCAAACAAUGAUAUUCUAUGCAUCUUUGAUCCACAUGCACAGUUCGCUCCUGGGGCUACAUCUGUGAGUCCUGGAAGAAUGUUUAAAGACUUGGACUCUGACUUCAGAACUCAGUUUUCAGAUGUUCUAAAUCUUUACUUGGGGAUUCAUUUCAAGUUAGAACGCAGCACAAUGUUCCGAUUCCCCAUUCGCUCUACAGAGAUGGCAAGAGCAUCAGAGAUCAGUUCUGUCCCUGCAUCAGACAGAAUGGUGCAAAACCUUCUAGAUAAGCUAAAAAAUGAUGGUGCAGAACUUCUUAUGUUCCUCAACCACAUGGAGAAAAUAGCAAUCUGUGAAAUUGAUCAUUCAUCUGGAGAACUAAAAACACUGUAUACUGUAACUGCCAAAAUUACAGAUAGUGAUCGGCUGAAACGCAAACAGUUUCAUGCCUCAGUCAUUGACAGUGUGACUAAAAAGAAGCAGCUCACUGCAAUUCCAGUCCAACAUAUAACCUACACAAUGGACAUAGAGGACAUCGAUGGAAAUAUGACAACAUGGAUGGUUUGCAACAGAUCAGGCUUCCCUAACAUUGAAAAAAUCUCAAAGAGUGUGAUUUCAGCUCACAAAAAUGAAGACAUAACUCUGUUUCCACGUGGAGGUGUAGCUGCAUGUGUAAGCCAUAACUACAAAAAGACCCACAGAGCCUUCUGUUUCUUGCCCCUUUCACUGGAGACCGGCUUACCUUUUCACGUCAAUGGACAUUUUGCAUUAGACUCUGCUAGACGAAACUUAUGGAGAGAUGACAAUGGAGUGGGGGUCAGAAGCGACUGGAAUAACAAUUUGAUGACAUCCCUGAUAGCCCCUGCCUUUGUGGAACUUCUGGUUCAACUUAAGCGCAGAUACUUCCCAGGUCCUGAUACCACCCUGACCAUUCUACAAGCAACACCACUUCAUGUUGUUAAAGAUACACUACGGAAGUAUCUGUACUUCUUCCCAGUCAACAGACUUGCUAUACAGCCAGAUUGGUACUGCUUGGUCAAAGCAGUUUAUAACUGUAUCCAUGCAAACCUGACACGCCUGCUUCCUGUUGUGAAAGCAGUGCAUCAUGACAACUCUGACAUGCACUCUGUUGUUUACAUUUCAUGGGUAAACACAUCAACUGCAACCAAGGGAAGAGCCUUUUUUGAUAAUCUGCUACAAGAUGAGCUUCAGCACUUGAAAAACACAGAGUACAACAUUACGUCAAGGAAGUCUGUGGCUGAAAAUGUUUACAGGUUGAAGACGCUGCUUCUGGAUAUUGGUUUUAACCUGGUUCACAGCUGUGAUGAGACAGCAAAUCUCUAUUUCUGUUUGGAAGAUGCAGGGAUACCAGUGAGUUAUGUGACACCAGAGGAAGUGCGCGUCUUUCUUCACACAUUCUCAUCACCAGAUACAUCUUGCCAUGUUGGAAAACUCCCCUGCCGUCUCCAGCAGUCUAACUAUAAGCUAGUUCACAACUUGAAGAUUUUAGUUGACUAUUGCUUCAAAGACUUGGAAGUAGAUGAAGUCGAAAUUGAGGGUAUGCCUCUGUUGGUAACAAUGGACAAUAUGCUUCAGGUAUUUGAUUCCAAGAGACCUAAGUUCCUGACAACACAUCAUGAGCUCAUCUCAUCAAGGAAAGAAUUGUUCAUGAACACAAUGUACCUAAGGUACAGCAACAUCCUUUUAAAGGGAGGAGCUGCAAAGAACUUUGACAUCAGUUGCUUUGGUGACCUACUGGGAUCAGUUCUUCCAAGAGAAUAUCGAACCAAGAUCCCUGUAAAAUGGAGAGACAGCUUCGCAAGUGAAUCUUGGUUGAAGAAUGUGUGGAACUUCAUCAGUGAAAAUAUUGCUGUUAAGGAGGAUCAGGUGGACAGCAAGCCCAGUCUUGCCACAGUGCUUGAUAUUCUGAAGGAUUGGGCUUUGCUCCCUGGAAUCAAAUUCAUGACCAGAGAAAAGAUAGUUGUUCCUGAGCAAGAUGUCCUCUUACCUCUGAGUUUGAUAAACAUAGCUCUAUUUCCACAUGGUCAAAAUGACAAAGUUUUUCACAUUCUGAUGAAAGCUGGGUGCAUUCAGCUUGCAGUAAACAAAAUAUGUGUCAAGGAGAAUCCGAUGAUUCCUUUUCUUUCCAAACAAACUGCAAACAUUGAAAAUCCAUCAAGUGUCCUGAAAGCCUUAGAGUACAUGAUUCAGACAUCUGCAUUCAAGGCAGCAAAUCUGACUGACAAGGACUUUGAGGCUCUCUUGUUGUAUUUCAACUGCAAUCUAGCUAACCUUACAAAAGAUGUCCAACGACUAAAACUUCUCCCAUGCUUUAAAUCAGUCAGUGGGAGAUACAUAAGCAUUGCAAACUAUGGAGCAAACUAUGUUCUUGCAAAAAGCAUUCCCACUGCAGACAUAGACAAAUGGGCUCACACAGCCUCAUUUGCCUUUCUUACUGACAGUCUGCAGCUGAAAGAGCUGUAUGCCUUCCUUGGCUGCAUGCCAAUUGAUGACUUGGAAAUCUACCUUCAGCAUCUCCUGCCAAAGUUUGAGAGUCUUUCCUAUGAUGCCAAAGUUGAACAUAUCAUCUACCUGAAGGAAAGACUUUUGUUGAUGGAAGAACCAUGUGAGCUGAAGGAUCAACUCCUUGAGAAGUUGGAGGGACUGUCGUACAUCUAUGACAACUCAAACAGACUCAGGCCAGCCAAGUUUUUUUAUGAUGAGACAGUAAAGGUGUUUGAAGUAAUGCUUCCCGUAAAAUCAUUCAUACCAAGUGACUUUUUCAAGAAAGUUGAGCAAGUGUCAAAACCCAAGAAUGGGACAUUGUUGCUAACCUCAUGGAUAACCUUUCUGAGAAGUAUUGGUCUGAAGAAUGAAGUGUCACAGCAGCAGGUUCUACAGUUUGCAAAAGAGGUCAGCAUCAAGGCUCAAACAGAGAGCUGGACCAAAGAAAAAGUGCAAACCAUUGUCAAUGUCCUCUUGGACCACAUUUUCAAAGACAGGACAGAUCUGUUCCACGGCACUUUUCUGAAAGAGCUCUCAAUGAUACCAUUCCUUUGUCCAGAGAGAGCCCCAAAAGAGCUCAUCAAGCUUCAUUCACAGUACCAAGACAUGAGUGGCACACUUCCCCUGAUUCGCUUCAGUGGGUCUCAGGUAAAUCCAAAGUUCAAGCAAACAGAUGUCAUUCACUUGCUUUGGACAUCUUGCCCAAUUCUACCCGAAACAGCUACACCAUCAUCCAUAAAAGACCAGGAGGGAAGUACUCUGACAGGACAGGAACAACUUGACCAAGUACUGAACAUGUUAGGUGUAAACUUAGACCCAGUAUUGGAAAAAGUAAUCAGCAACUGCAAGAAUAUGUGCAACAUAUCAAAUCCAGAUGAUGAAAUGGUGAAAACCAGAAACAAAGUUUUGAGGUCAACCUACGAGUUCCUCAGUGCAGAUAAAAGAGAUUUCCGUUACCAGCUCCGUGGGGUUGCUUUUGUCAUGGUGGAAGAUGGCUGGAAACUGCUUAAACCUGAAGAGGUUGUCAUUAAUUUGGACAAUGAAUCUGACUUCAAACCCUAUUUGUAUAAAUUACCUUUAGAACUUGGUACUUUUCAUCAGCUGUUCAAACUUCUUGGUACUGAAGAUGUUGUGUCAACCAAACAGUAUGUUGAAGUACUCUGGCGAAUUUACAGAAGUUCAGAGGGCAAGCAACUUGACCCAAAUGAAAUGAGAACUGUCAAAAGGGUUGUUUCGGGGCUGUUUAAGGCCCUCUAUAAUGAUCCAGUGGAGAUUCGCAAAGAUCUCGAGAAUGUAAGAGAUUUGAUAUUUUAUCUGCCAAGUCAUGAUGGUAGAUUAGCAAAAUCCAAUAGCUUGGUGUUUGAUGAUGCCCCACACUACAAGAGUAGAAUUCAGGGUAACAUUGGAGUUCAGAUGCUGGUGGACAUGAGCCAGUGCUAUCUUGGCAAAGAACAUGCCUUUCACACAAAGCUGAUCAUGCUACUCCCACAGAAACUAAGACCAAGACUGCUAAGUAGCAUUCUUGAAGAGCAACUAGAUGAAGAUUCUCCAAAAAUGUGCCAAUUUGGAGCUCUUUGUUCACUUCAGGGCCGCCUUCAGUUGUUGCUGUCUUCAGAGCAGUUCAUCACAGGAUUAUUCAGAAUAAUGAAACAUGAGAAUGACAAUGCAUACCUUGUGAAUGAGGAAAAAGCCAUACGUCUCUGCAAAGCACUUUGUGAAGGAUUAAAAGUUUCUUGUUUUGAAAAACUUCAAACAACAUUGAGAGUGAAAGGUUGCAGUCCCAUCCCACACAGCCGCAGUGAAACACUUGCCUUCCUUAAGAGAUAUGGGACAGCUGUGAUUCACCUCUAUAUCCAGCAUUCAGACAGCAAAGACAUCAAUUUUCUUUUAGCACUGGCAAUGACAUUGAAAUCUGCUACAGACAAUUUGAUUUCUGAUACAUCCUAUCUGAUUGCCAUGCUUGGCUGUAAUGACAUUUACAGAAUCUCAGAGAAGCUGGACAACCUUGGGGUAAAGUAUGACUCAACAGAACCUUCAAAACUUGAGCUACCCCUCCCUGGAACCCCAAUACCAGCAGAGAUACAUCACACACUCCUCAUGGAUCCAACGAAUGUAUUUUAUCCAGGAGAAUAUGUGGGUUACCUUGUUGACUCUGAGGGUGGAGACAUGUAUGGGUCCUACCAGCCUACAUAUACAUAUGCCAUCAUUGUUCAAGAGGUAGAUAGAGAAGAGGCGGAAAACACAAGUGUCCUUGGAAAAUGCUUCCAGAUUGACAUUGGUUACAGUGAGUACAAAAUAGUCAGUUCUCUUGACUUGUACAAAUUCUCAAGACAAGAAGACAGUACCCAUGCUCAUGACUCCAGUGUCCCAUCAACUCCUACUAGUCCAAAAAGUUGUUCUUCUGGUCUAAGAAUAAUCCCUCCCCUUUUUGCCGGGAAGGAAAAUCUGAGACCCCCCACUCACAAACAGACUCCAAGAAAGAUCAAGCUUCAUGCAUUGCCAGAGAUUUUGAAGGAAGUAACCUUAGUAAUUGAACAAGCCUGGAAGCUUCCUGAGAUAGAGAGAAAGAAGAUAAUCAGAAGAUUGUACCUAAAGUGGCAUCCAGACAAAAAUGCAGAGAAUCUGGACAUUGCCACAGAAGUCUUCAAGCAUUUACAGAUGGAGAUCAACAGGAUGGAAAAACAGUCUUUGACUGAUCAGCAAAAUACAGACAGAGCCUCCAGGAGAUCAUACUCUGCUUCAUCAACCCGCUUCCAGUCAGAAAAGUUCUCAUUUCAAAGGUUUUAUUCAUCAUGGAACCAAGAAGCAACAAACCACAAGUCUGAAAGGCAGCAGUUUAGGGAGCAUUAUACAGGCAAUGCAGGUUCAUCACACUCUCACCGCUUCUUUGCCCCCCCUACCUUCAAGACAGUUGGUAACCCUGUAGAAGCCCGCAGGUGGCUUAGACAAGCAAGAGCAAACUACUCUGCUGCUCGGAAUGAUCUUCAUAAAAAUGCUAAUGAGUGGGUUUGUUUCAAAUGUUACCUGGCCACAAAGCUUGCACUGAUAGCUGCUGACUAUGCAGUCAGAGGAAAGUCAGACAAAGAUGUAAAACCAACUGCCCUGGCUCAAAAAGUUGAGGAGUACAAUUCCCAAUUAAAAGGCCUUGCCAAUGAUGUUCAGAUUCUAGAAGGAUAUGGCGUGGACAGCCUGAGAACUCGCUAUCCUGAUCUUUUGCCAUUUCCCCAAAUUCCAAAUGACAGAUACACAUCUGAGGUGGCAAUGAGAGUGAUGGAAUGUACCGCACGGAUUAUCAUUAAGCUUGAAGCCUUUGUUCAGCAAAAAUUGUAAUACUGUAAAGAUGACAUUGAAUCUACAGUUUACAUAAACCAUGUGUAAUAAAAGAGACAGCCAGCUGUGUGCAGUAUAAGUCCUAAACAUUGUUUUGAGUAUAUAUGAAGUAUCUAGCUGGCAGCUUUUGGCAAAUAUGCAGUUUCUACCAGCAAUGGAGAUUUUGUUGCCAGUGUAAAGUAAAUGACUCAUUAUCUUGUAAGUUAUUUGAGUGUAGAUUUGCAAUAUAAUAUAUCUUUGUAAAAGUUUUCAACACUACAUAUAUGUAUAUAUGUAUGUAUGUAUGUAUAUGUAUAUAUAUAUGUGUGUAUGUGUGUGUGUAUAUAAAACAUUGUAUGUUAUUCAUGUUAUGUUGAUUUACAUUGCGCCAGAGAAGGCCUAAUA